CUAAUGCUUCAUGUUUUACUAGCAACUUCACCCGUUUUAUCUGACCAAAAUGACCCUGCAAGGCUUUUAAAGUUCAAAAGUUCGCUCAACAACGUGGGGCAUCUACACAACUGGGACCCUGAUAUUCCACCAUGCACCGGUGAAUCGCCUAACUGGAACGGAAUGAUAUGUAACAAAGAUGGAAAUGUAUUCGGGUUACUUCUCGAGAACAUGGGUUUAAGCGGGAUGAUAGAUGUGGACACCUUGGCUGAGGUAACGAGCAUUCGAACGAUAAGUUUCAUGAACAAUAGCUUUGAGGGCGCGAUGCCUAAUUUUCUGAAAAUCGUAACGUUACGUGGGAUUUUCCUCUCAAAUAACAAAUUUUCUGGGGAGAUUGGAAGUGAUGCGUUUAAAGGGAUGAGUUCAUUGAGGAGAGUUGAACUGGCAAAUAACAAUUUCAGUGGCAAAAUUCCUACCUCGCUUACGCAGAUGCCAAUUCUUGUAGAUUUGCAGCUUCAAAACAACCAGUUUGAAGGAGAAAUACCAGAGUUUGAGCAGAAAGAUUUGAAAGUUAACUUUGCAAACAAUAGACUUGUUGGCUCCAUACCUGAAGGGCUUAGUAACCAGGAUCCAAGUUCAUUUGCAGGAAACAACUUAUGCGGUAAACCUCUUAGGCCCUGUAAGAAGAUGAUACGUGCUAAUUACCAGUCUCAUACAAGCCAUGCACCAACCUAUCCACAUCGCCUAAGGAGAGCUGCUGCAUGAGUUGUUAGUUUAUAUCAUGAGUUUAAAUCAUAAGUUAUUGCUUCAAUUCCUUGUUAUUUCAUAUUAGUAUUUGUGUUUCCCUAGAUGUAGGCUAUAUAAAGCAAUGUAAUAGUAGAAAUGUCUAGUAUAAGAGGAAAUUUUGAUUAAGUUUAA